UGCGGGCGGCGACGAGCGGCAAGCUUGACUACAGCCACGACGACAUGCGAGGCACCAUAACAAUAUUGACUUGACUGUCGUACAGUGCGAGUGGUCGGAGUUACUCCUGAACUCAACAGCUGUGGAAGCCCACGCGGCCGCCGAUGAUAAGUAGCCGCGGGGGCUGCGCAGAUUAUCUUUCGAGGUGGUUGCAGUAGCCGAGGAUGACGAGGAUGACGUUCAGCAUACCCUAUACACCAUCUCCCUCUUGGCCGUCAGUUAACCCGCGGCCGCUGCUUGCCAUCCGACCCCACCCUGCACUGCGUACUCCCAGCCUUCCGUCACCUCCUAGACAAGACAUCUUUCACAAGGAUUAUGUGCCUAAGUACACACAUUAUAUACCUCUUCCUCUUCUCGAGAUCCCACCACGUUCCGAUUCGAUAUCACCCGCUGAAAGGCAAGAAAAGGUUGCGACAGCCGUCAAACAGCUUAUCGAGAGGCAAGAAUGUUUCACGCAAGGGACAAUGCCUGGCGGGCACGGCCAGAAACCACUUUGGAACUGCGUCAACCGCUAUGUCCGGACCGAUAGGUGCAAUACUGCAGGGACUGGGUUGACCUUAUUCGUCGCUCAUGCAAAUGGGUUCCCAAAGGAGAUAUCGGAGACUAUGCUGCGAGGUCUCCUGGAUUCGCCAGCUGCUCCUCUGGUGGAUGAGAUUUGGUCUUGGGAAGCCGUUCAACAUGGGGACUCGGCGCUCUUGAACGCGGAAAACUUGAGCGGGAUAUUUGACUGGCAGGAUAAUGCUCGUGACAUCGCAAACUUUCUUCUGCACUACCUCCCGGACGAGGCUGCACAGACACCCUUGCCGACACGGUUGUUGCGCAUUUCGCAAGCUGUGAGCGACGCCCGCAAAGCGCAGGGAUACCACCAGCGGAAAAUUGUCGUCGUUGGUCAUUCGUUUGGCGGCACCACGUCCGCGCUGGCAGCCGUGAAUUUCCCCAAGUUGUUCUCAUCCCUAAUACUGGUGGAUCCUGUCGUCGUCAAUUAUGGGUCUUACGACUUUGGAUCGGAGCUCAUACGUGGUGCUCUGAUCAGGCGUGAUACUUGGUCUUCCCGUGAGGAAGCUCUCCGCCUCUUCAAACAGCGGCCGUUCUUUGCAUCCUGGCACCCGGAUGUCCUGAAGUCGUACGUCGACUACUGGUUGAAGAUGACGCCCAUCCAAGAAAGCCUAUGCUUUGCGAACGUGUUCCCUCCGCUCGAGGUUUGGGAGUUGCUGGAGAAAUUGGACGAGGACAUUACUCUUCGAUGGGUUGUCCCGGCAGUCAGCUUCGUUGGAGAACAAGAGACUAAAGUAAGGGUAUGGCGUCGACCUGCUAACGCAUCAAACGUAGUAUUUCCAUUCGCUGGACACCUCAUAGUGCAAGAAGCCCCAGUUGAGCUUGCUCGAGAUAUCUCCACGUUCUUGUUAGAGAAAUACGGGACACCUCAUUUUAAAGCAGCUUUAUGAGUGCCCUCCUGCUAAUCACGUCGGUAAAUACAUAUGUACUUCCCUGAUAAACUAUUGAAAUCUCUUGCGACUCGGGGUGGCUGGAUACUUACUCGUCAUCAAGUGUUGUUAUCACUAUCGCGCGUUCGCAAAAAUCCCUAGGGCCAAUAAUUUUGAAGGCGUAGAUUGUCUGCACAUACCCCGCUGCUAGUUAGCUUUUAAGCCUGCC